AAAAACCAAGCAGAGGAACAAGGCAAUCCUGCAUCCUGGAGAUCCAGGAUGCCACUUGAGAAUCGCAGAAAGCGUCGGGCAUCGUGUCUGGCGGCUGACAAUCGCGUCGUCCAAGCUGCUCCUGGAGCUUCCAGUUCUUCUUCAGCACCUGCAAAUGCGAUGGCAUCUGCAACUGCAGCUAUGCCUGCGGUCGUACCUGUAACUCCAUCAGUGACCGAAAGGGCGCCGCCUGCUAGGGAGCAAGCUAAUCCUGCGCCCAACCCCGUCGAGCAGCAGCCACGGCGAGGAAUCAUGGGCUGGAUUUCCGGCUUCAUCACUCCCGUCUACUCAUUUAUCUGUCGUAGAAAUAACUCUGAAACUGAGACUGCUACUUCAACAGCCGAGGACGAGCCUCGUGUCAAACGACGCAAGUUGGAAGAUACCACCUUCGCUGUGACCUGGGCCAACAUUCCAAGUACUCGUAUUGGCAUCGAGAACCUCGAGAAGGUUCUCGGCUUCAUCAAGUACAUCAAGAAUCAUGCCGGCCGGCCCUAUGUUACCAUUGCUCACUACAACUUUCCAGGCCCGAUCGAGGCCUUCAGUAGCCAGAAGGCAUAUGACAGGGCCUUUCUGCUGUAUACGACACAGUACGAUAUGCUGGAUCCUUACGAUGCUGCAGAUGCUGUCCUCCCGGAGAUCUUCAAGCCUUCAACUGAACUCCUAAAGCCGCGCGACAUUAUUUACGGCGACUUCCCGGACACCAAUCACGUCCUUAGCGCUGAUGUCCACGACUGGAUGAUUUACAGGUACAAGGAGAACACCUGGAGAAACUUCGACUCUGCAAAGGCAGAGUUUCCUGCCGUGCUGGACCAAGCAAUAAAGAGCUUGCAGUUCAUCUACUGUGAGAAUUCCUUUGAGAACGUCAAGGGCCUCCUCGGUCACCCGCUCGAGUCGUACGACAUUGACAUAGAAGAGCGACGCAAACACGGAGUUGCCGCCGCCGUUUUCGAGUUUCUGGGACACAAGAUCGAAAAGUCCAGGGUCCUGCGCGAGUUGGUGAAAGUGUCGCCCGAGACGAUGUUUGCGGUGGCGGCUGAUUGUCGUGCUCUCGCGGAGACAAAGCCGGUCCCAAGUCACGUUGUCUUUGAGCCUGCAACCGUCGCGCCCCACUAUUUUGGCCGCCGUCCGGACCAACCAAAGAGCUGGACGAUCCACAUGCCAGCUGACCGCAUGGCAAGCUUCGACGACAACCCCACGGUCGCGCUUCGCGAUAAAUACUUGCGCGAUCACCGCAGGACGUUUGCCCCAUCACCCCUGGUGCCCCUGAGCCAGCUCCCGCAUCAGCCGCAUCGCAGAGAGCUGCAGCCGUUGAAUGCGAAUCGCGUUUCCAAUUUGAGACUGCCACCGCCAAUCGUUCGCGGUCGCCCGCAAGCCAACCGGCCAUUGAACUUAAACCAACCAUACAGUAUCCAUCGUCCGGUGUACAACUUUCCCCGUCGGCCGUUGACUCUGCAUGAGCAGCUUUCCGCAGCAAACAAUCCACUUCCCCACGUCAACCCUCUAAGGCGCCUUGAGAUCAAAAGACCCUUUGGUGGACGCCGUGCUGGAAUUCUCAAGAGGGUUGGACCACCAUCUCACGGCCCUACAUCCGACCACCACCGCGUUCGAUUCAACCAUCAAUUUGAGGAAAUUGACUUCUUCACCGGUCAGCCUAUUACAGCCGGGAGGCGUACCGUCAGGACUACCAGGACACCAGCCACACCGCGGCCCGUCACCCAGAGGCCCAGCACCCAGAGGCCCAGCACCCCCAGGCCUGCAGACGUCACCGCUGCUAUUGACUUUAACUGGCAAGGUCACUUUGCCGUCCCUGAGGACACAGAGUCUGAGUCUGACGACGACGACUUGGAGGCCUCGGUCGUCCAGACACCUACUAGGGCUAGGCCUGCGGUUGCAACCUCGCUUCAACCCGCCCAGGUCGCUCAUGAGGAGCAGGCAGUUUCGAGCUUGACUGGUCGUUCUGCAGUAUCUGGAAGCACCUGCCAAUCAUCGGCUCCACCUAUCCAGGCCGUCCAAGAGGAACUGCCGGCUUUCAACUGGGCUGGUCACUUCGCUGUGCCUGACGACAGCGACAGCGAAGACGGAUCCGCUGAACCUGUUGAGACUGAGAUUGAGCAGUCCGAGCCCACCCAGGUGCAGAAACCUGAGCUCAUUCAGCUUGAGAUACCUAAGCCCAUCGAGGUUGAGGAAUCUGUGCCCAUACAGGCCGCGACACCUCAGCUCAUUGAGGUUGGCGAGCCCACGAUCAAACAGCAUCACCAAACUUCAAGCCCCACAAUAUCCCAGACGGAUGUCGUCGGCGAUCCCUUGGUGCGUUACGCCGAGGAGGUUGUUGUGCAGUCACAGGUCACGCUUGUCCCAGCUAUGACCAUUCAUACACCUACUAUGAAUCCCGCAGGAUCUUCACCAUCUUUACAGGGGAGGCAGCAUGCAGCCACUGUCUCCCCCAGGAAUGUUUCUUCCUCGUCUCCUCCUCGAAAUGUCACAGACACACAAGAAUCCAAGAAAUCCUCCGUGUUAGAGUCGUCGAUUCAUCCUCAUAACAAAACUAGCGUCGUGACAGAACUAACGACUCCCAAGCCUGUAAAGGCAAAGAGUCGUUACAUACAGUCAUUGGGCCGCGGUCCCACAAGCAGGCACAUAGCCGCUGCUCCUAGACCAAUAAAGCGCAGGGGGGCUGCUAUUCGCGCCUUACUCAAUGCAAAGACCGAUGAUGCAAAGACCGAUUCGCCCAUGCCGGGCUCUUUCCCGGAAGUUGACAUGGAGAUUGAUGAGAAUGAAACUAUAGACAGCCCACAGAGACCUCGCUUCAGGCAACCAACAAUCACCACCACAGAAUCCCGCACGACGUCCAUCGCCUACCACGACGCGCUAGACCUUGAGAAAAUAUCAAAGGACGAGCGACCAUCUGUAUCCCCCCGGUCUGAUCACAAGACCAUCACUGCAGAGGAGAGACGUCAGGAUCUCCUCGAUUUCUUUGAGAAGGAUCACACCAAGGAAAUAGACCCCAAUGGCUUUUUGCUUGAGUCUGAUCUACUUUCGUCUGCACCUUCAAACCCUACCCGACAAUCCCGGCUUCUCUCGUCGCAAAGCGACUCGUCAGACUCGACGUCCUCCUCGGAGUCAACAUACAGAUCAGUAUCACCGAUUCGCCAAUCCAGCGAAUCCGAGCUGCAGCCUUCAUUCGGUCGCCUCAAGAUUAGCAAUUUUAAGGACCAUCAGCUUGCCUUGGAAGCGCAGAUUGGAGAAGAGCUCGAGCAGCAUGCAGUGCGGCAAGAGAAAGAGCGCAUCGCCCGCGAAGCAGAGGAGGAGCGGAAGAGACGCGAAGCAGAAGAAGCUGAACGUCGCCAUCGGGAAGAGCAAGAAGUGCUCGCAAGGACCGGAGGUCUCCGACCGCCAAGGGCCAUCAUGAUUGGCGGCAUCUCUAACGAAUGGUACCAUAGAAUCAUGGACGCCAUGAAGGCACGGGACAACCAAAUUCUUGGCAAGUCAGGCGAGGGCAACGACAUCAAUGCCCAUUCCUUCAAGACUGUCGUUAAUCCAACAGCAUGGCUGAACGAUGAAAUCAUCAAUGGCAGCCUAUCGCACCUCGCAAAGUUCAUUAACGAAAAGGCAGGCAUCAAGGAUGUCCGGGCACAAACGCCAAAAUGUGUGCUUCUCAACUCGCACUUUUACUCCAACGUCUCGGCGAAUAAGGGACUGGGAAAUACCGAGCGAUGGAUGAGGAGGCUAGGCGUCCGCCCAGACAACUUCCUUAACGUGGAGACGUUCAUCAUCCCCAUCAACCUUGGCCGCAACCACUGGACUCUGGCAGUUGUUCGCCCAGGCAAGGGUGAGGUGGCGCAUAUCGACUCGCUGGGCACGUCGGGAUCUGGCCAGCGCGCCGUCACCGAUUUGCUGAUGACUUGGUUGCGCACAUUCCUCGGCAGCAGGUAUGACGAGGGUCACUGGAAGGCUCGGAAUUUUGUCUCGCCCGUGCAGACAAACGGUCACGACUGUGGUGUUCAUACCAUUACCAGCGGCAUGUGCAUCGCCCUGGGUAUUGACCCCUCCUCGUAUAAGCCUGCGGAUAUGCCGCUCCAGCGUCUGAGGAUUGCCGGAGUUCUGAUGAACAACGGAUUCCACGGCGUGUUUGACCUUUCCAAGCUGUAG